AUGGACGCCGCCAGUGAAAGCGGAGGCGGCCUGAGCAAGCUGUUACCGAAAGCCAUCGUGGCCAAACGGCGCCGCAGAAAGCAAGAAGCCCGGGAAGACGACGCCGCAGCAGCAACGGCGGCAAUGCUGUUAGGGGUCAAGGGGGAAGAUGUCACGGCUCCAGCUGACACGCCUGCACCACUUAGAGGCGACAGCGUCAGUUACAUGUCUGCCAGACGCGACAGCGGCUCCUACGUUCACGACACAGACAGCUUCUCCAACAAGGACAGCUCGACAGGGUUUCCCGACUACGACUACGACCACUACCGUGAGCACGGUCACGACGCCGUCGACGAAACCAGCACCGAGGCUACCACCAGUAUGGUAACACUCGCCGAAUCCGAGGUCGAACAAUCUUCCCCUCGGCCAAAUGCCAUUUCUACCCAUCCUUCGCAAAUAGGUUACUUGACCACUUCUUCCCCAAUCGUUCAGGCAACUCACUUGCCUGAACCCCAACCACAGAUACUGGACGGCCAACUCCCUGAGAUCGCCUCGGCGCGAUCCACCGCCAAUAAUUCGGCCAAGAGAACACAAUCGGUCGAGUCAACAGAUUCGUCACUGCGCUCCCAGCGCAGUUUUACGAGCCUUGUUCCGCCCAAGAAAAAUAUUACGAGGUCGCCCUCCCCUGUUGGUCGUCUCAAGGGUGUUUUUUCAAAAUCCAAGAAGACCCCCAGUGCAGCUACGAGCCCCGAGCGGAGUGUGGGCAGUGACGACACCACCGACGACGGCCGAGACACGCGCAGGACUAGAGACCGAGGCAGAGCUUUUGCGUCUGCCUCCACCUCUGACCUCAUCUCCUCCUCGACCGUACUCACAAAGAAGCCGUCUUUAGACAGGCCGUCUACGCCACAACCGAAUACGACAGACGAUGCGGGUGCACCCCGCGUAAAGUCGACAUCGCAUUCCCCCGAGCGACGCCGCUCCAGGGCCUCGACAACCACCUCUCGCAUCGACACUUCUUUCGUACCCCAAACCCCGCCCAACCCCGACACCAACACACCGGUCAUCGUCAAUACACCCCCGACGCCGACCGAUCACAGCGCACCGUUCACCCAAUCUCCGCCGGGACCACCACCGAAACCCACCAUCGAGGCUCCCACUGCCUCAGGCAACACGAAUGGUGGUUCUUCCACCGGUAAUAUGAUUGCUCAUCGCAGGGGUAGAUCAGGAUCCGGCAGUAUAGGGCCCAGCAAGCUGUCCAAAAUCACCCUCGCACCUCUGACUCCCACCCCGGAGAACAGCACCCCCGGCAACCCCGGCACUCCAUCCGGCGCCGGCUUCUUUUCUUCCGUCUUCUCGGCUGCUCAAAACGCCGCGACCUCACUUUCGAGCACCAUCCAGAAUACCGGCAUUGGGCCGCCUCCUUCCAAGAACAAAAACAUCACGAAACCCCCCGACAUUAAGAUCGACAGGGAACCCGAAGUCGAGCCCCCGCCUCCGUCCACGACAGGUUCAACCAUGGACAAGGAACCUGCUGUCAAGACCAUCGGCUCAGGCGAGCUAAGCCUCAGCCAGCUGGGGAUAACGGACACAGGUAGCGCCUCUGGAACUCCCAUCACCGCCAAGUUCCCCGAAUCGGCCGAGGCGCGCGUUAGAAGUGAUUCGGCCCCAACUGAUGCUGCAUACGCGGCUGCCACUCGCGAUCUCGGAGUAGACGACGGCAGACAGGUCACCAGACCACAAUCACUGUACGAACCGGGCAGCGGCGGAGACCGCACCCCCCCUCAAGGCAGCAUCCAUGAAGAUCGAAUCUCUGGCGUGCAGAGAAGUGGAAGUAUUCGCAGCGCUAUUGGACGCCAUCGUAAGCGAGGAAGUUCAGCUGUGUCGGGAGGUACGGCUACUACUAUUGGCGCUGCCAUUGCUGCGGCUAACGCGUCUGUCGCUCAUCCUCAAGCAAACGCGAGCGUGCCGAAGCUUACCGGAUUCGCCGUUGCGAGCAAGAAACGCAACCGCGAUUUCCACGCACUGUUCAAGAGCGUACCCGACGACGAUUACCUCAUCGAAGACUAUAGCUGUGCGUUGCAGCGGGAAAUCCUAGCGCACGGCCGCCUGUAUGUAUCCGAAGGACACUUAUGCUUCAGCAGCAACAUUCUCGGUUGGUCGACCACGCUUGUUAUGAGCUUUGACGAGAUAGUGAGCGUUGAAAAGCGAAGCACGGCCCUGGUCUUCAAGAAUGGACUCAUGAUCUCGACUCUGCAUGCCAAGCACAUCUUUGCCAGUUUCACGAGUCGAGACUCGACCUACGACCUCAUUGUCAACAUCUGGAAACUUGGUCAUCCUACCCUGCGAAGCUCGCUGAACGGAGUGCAGCUUGAGGGCACGGGUGGUGACAAGACAGAGAAGGUUGAUGGCGAUGACGCUGUAGUAGCCGAAAUCGAUGAUGGUAGCUUGUCAGGCACCGACGAAGACAGCGAGUCUGGCGAUGACGACGACGUCUAUGACGAAGACGACGAUGCCGAUGAUCUCCAAGACGUUACACAACUGUCGGAGGUGAACGCCGAGCCGGAUGGGGGCAAGACUGUGUCUCGCAAGGUCUCUGGUGCGGGUGCCAAUAGCGCCGUGGCCGACGUUGUUAAGGAUGCUGUCGGUGUCCCCUCCGGCGGCGAUGACUUCCCCGGCCCGGCCGCACACGCUCCAACGGACUGCGGUGAUGCGGACACUCAUUACGAGAGAAUUGUUGGAGACGACGUCAUUCCAGCGCCUCUGGGCAAGGUUUACAACCUGCUCUUCGGUCCUGCCUCAGUCACUUGGAUGACGAAGUGGCUGACUGUCGAGGCGAAAUGCACAGAGUUGCAGAUGGAAGACAAAAAGGGACUGACCCUCGAGAACAGGUCGCGCUAUUUUACCUACAUCAAGCCCCUUAAUGGCGCAAUUGGCCCCAAGCAGACCAAGUGUCUUGUGACAGAAACGCUGGACAACCUUGACUUCGAGAAGGCCAUCAACUUUAGUAUUACCACCCAAACACCUGACGUGCCGAGCGGCAACAUCUUCAGCGUAAAGACGAAAUACUGUCUGACGUGGGCGGAAAACAACUCGACCAGAGUCCAGUCCAACUGUACCAUAGAGUGGACAGGCAAGAGUUGGUUGAAAGGACCUAUUGAAAAAGGUGCGAACGAUGGCCAGAUCCAGUACUGCAAAGACUUGUUUGCCAGCCUGAAGUCGGCCGUUUCGUCAAAAGCCCGCAGUGGUGGUACGGGUGCUGGUCCAGGCCAGAAGGGCAAGAAGAAGGGCAAGAAGAGCAAGGCAGCGGGCUCGUCGACGGACGCCGAGGAUGAGCAAGUCAGGCUCAAAAACACCCCCAAGAAGGAUUGGGGUCCGUUGGAGCCCGUACGGGGUAUUCUGGAGCCGAUCCUUGAUAUCGCCAAACCGCUCAUGGCGGGCAACAUGAUGUAUGGUCUGUUGGUCGGCUUGCUCAUUGCAACGUGGUUCGGGUUUGGGCUUCCAGGCAGACAGCCAUCUGGAGACAUGCGUAUGUACGGCUACCCGGACCGCCUUGCCGCAUAUGACGAGAUGUGGAGACGUGAAGAGAGUGAGCUCUGGGAGUGGCUGGAAGAAAGAGUCGGUUUGGAGCGACUGCAUGGGGGUCAGUUGCCCACUCGCAAGAGGGCAAUCGAGCCAAGUACGGUGGAAGAGAGGGUCAGAGAAGACCGUAUGGGCGAACGGGAGAUCGAGGAAGCGAUCAGGGUGACGGAGGAGAAGUUGAAGGUGUUGAAAGACGUCAUGGAUAAGAAGAAGCCCUUGGCCAGUUGA